AAGCCAACGCGUCUUUCAUUAUGUACAUCCGAAUUCCGAAAACAUGAAGCAAAAUUGAUGAUGGGUGGUUCAUAUAUUGUGGUGCAUAGAGGUUUGGAUGAUAAGGGCGUAAAACGAUCGAAUUCGAAGUCGUCAGUUGCAUCUGUCAUAUCGAGUAUCAGCUCCAUCUUCGGCUCGCAACAGAGUAUCAAUCGACCGAAAUCGAGAGAAAGGUUUGUUAUCAGUGGCAUUUGA